CAAAACCUAUGUGCAGCCAGGAGUACCGGGUCCCGGACAGAUUAUACCUACCUUAUGUCUUGACUGUAACCUACAUUUGCCUAGUUGUAUUCUUAUAUAGCUACGGCAAUUAAGCCUGCUUUAAGAAAAUACAGACAACACUGUCUUAUAUGAAAAAAAGAACUUGGAAGCGAAAAACUUAAGCUCCGGACCGCGCGGCGGGAGGAUGGACGAGCAGAAGGUCAAAGGUCAAGAGCAGUAUGAGGACGACUUUGAGAAAGAUCUGGACUGGCUCAUCAGCGAGGAGGGCAGGAGUGAGGGGCAGCAGGACCCUGAGGAUGAGGAUCUGGAAGCCCAAAUUGAUAAAGAGCUGGAGGAGGAAGAGCGCUGGCCUUCGCCCUUUGACAGCGCGACUGAGUCGGACGGAGAUGGCGCUUCCGAGCCCCUUCCUUUGGCUCCGCCCGCGCCCUCACCCCCGCCCGCUGUAGCGGAGCCCCUCCCCCCGACCCAGGCGGAUGGGGAGGAGCCAGAGGAGGAGGAGGAAGAGGAGGAUAAGCGCUACAUCCUGGAGAAGAUCCAGCAGGCCAAUCAGGACCUGAAGGCCCAGGCCACCCCAGACGACAGCCGCCGUCGCCGGCUACAGUUUAAAGACGCGCUGGUGGACCUGGUGGUCCCGCCCGUGGAGUUCGAGCAGGACGGCGCCCCCUUCAGGAGCGGGGAGGAACAGCACCCGGCGGAGGAGCGGGAGGUUCAGAGUGUGAUUUCCACGACGGAGGUGGCCGGGAGGAUGUCGGAGCUGCAGAUCUCCCCGCGGGAGGAGGCUGGGGACGGAGGGGGCCGGCAGGGCCGGGUUCUGGUGGAGAAGGACGGGAAGUUUGACCUUGUGAGUCUCAGGGACGUCGAGAGCCGGGGGUUGCUCCCGCCCCUGGCCUGUUCCCACGGCGACGGCGUUCCCCCCGCGACCAACCUGCCGUUCGCGCCGCGGCCCCCCCCGCCGGGCUCCAGGGACCGGCCCGGCUCCGCCCGCCAGGCCCAGCGCUCCACGAGGAGGGCGGGCAAACGCAGAGCGCAGUCGGCCAGCAACGCCGCCGCCCACACCACCUUCGCCCUCUCGUCCGAGCAGAAACUGCGGCAGCAUCGACAGCAGCAGAAGAAGGAGAGGAUACGCAGAGAGGAGGAGGACCGGAGGCACGAGCAGGAGGCGCAGAAGCGGGAGGAGAACGAGCAGGCCUUCCGGGCGUGGAUGCAGCGGAAGAGGGAGCAGAUCCAGGCUGACCGGAGGGUUCUGGAAGCCCAGGAGCUGGAGAGAGCCAUCGGCCGGCGGGAGACAUGUGACCCCCAGGAGGCGUUUAAGCUCUGGCUGAAGCGCAAGCAGCAGCAGCAGGUGCAGCAGCGUCAGCUCGAGCAGCUGAGACGCCUGGAGGAGGAGAGCUGCUACUACCUGCACAGCCAGGAGGAGUCCGAGCGCGCGUUCAAACUCUGGCUGAAGAGGAAGCAUGCAGAGAAGCGGUUGGAGAUGCGUGUUGCUCGUGAGCGCUCCCGCAGGCUGGUGGUGGAAGCGCGGCGAGCCCGGCGCGCCCAGGACCUGCUCUGCUCCGUCAGCGAGGCCAAGACCUGCUUCACUGAUCACCAUGGCUACCGCUACUGAGCCCAGCCUGCACUGUGGCUGCACUGCACCCCGUUCAUAACCCACAAACAGCCUUGCACAGAAACUACCUGCUCCGGUCAACCCUGCCCCACAAUGAGGAACCUCGUCCAAGGGAUUUAUUGCUGUUAUUAUUAUUACAUUUUUCGUCAGAACGUGUAAGGACAGUCUUCAGACCCUACAUGGCUUUGCAGUGAAUGUGGUGACACGGCUAAACUAGCCAUAUGCUACAUGUAACAUCUCGCAAUUCAUAAUUUGCGGGGGAAAAAAUCCUCUCCAUGCAAACAUGCAAGGACUUUGUGGCAGAGAACACAAUCAUAGCGAAUUCAUUAAUUAAGGCACAAUGAAAGCGAAUUCAUUUUACAGAAAUUCGUUGCUCAGGUUGCUCAGCUAAGCUGUUGUUAUUGCAAAUUGGAAAUGAGAAUGAAGCAGAAACAGAAGUUAGGGCAGAACUAGCUUCCGCAAAAUUAUGUAUACUGGUGUGGAGCAAAGGGCGGGGAGUCGAUUUGACUGACAGCAUGCCUGCCCACUGGUACACGAUGAAGUAAAUUCGUUUUCCAGGCAGUGGAUGGAAAAAUGCCUCGGUGUGAAAAUGCACAAUUACAAUUACAAUUGUAUUAACUUCAUGGAAUAUACACUUAAAGAUAUGUUUGUAUGGUUGUGAAGAAUUGACUAACUUGAGGAAAAAGUGAAUUUCGAUUUCAGCUUGUCUUUAGGAAUUGUAUUAA